AAGCGCUUGGCGAGGCAUGAGUGUUGUCACUGUUGUGAACGCCAUCCACAUCGUUCCAAGGCUUAUAGCUCGUUCACAUCGUGUGCAUCCGCCUCCUCCUGGUCUACUUUGUAACGCUCGUGUCAGGUUUUUUGGCCAGUCCAAGAAACUAUCAGCUGCAAUGUCUACUCGUGUUAGAUCACCAACAUCCGAUCCCGAGGUAUCUGCGCCAGUGGAGAAGAAGAUGCGAUUGGAGGAGCAUGUCCUGGACGAGUCCAAUGUAACAAAAGAAGAUAGUGUCCUCGUGGUGCCUGGACCCUCCAAGAAAGCGUCGAAAUCAGCGAAGAGGAAGCAGAAGCGUGUCUUGCCAGAGCCUUACUCCUCAGAGGAUGUGUUAUGGCGCGACAUUGUCGCGCUGCUAGGAGAUGAUACAGUCGAACAUGCUCUGCAACAAGGCACCCAGUGGGAAUCGCCGUUUGAUUUCCGCGAGGAGUUGGAGGUGGAGGUAUCUAAAUUAUCUUCCAAUGGCGACGCCAUGGCACGUUCUCCCGCGCCUCAUGCUCCUUGGGUUAUCGUCGCACCAUUUGCAUUACCAGGGGAAAGAAUUCGUGUUCGAGUUUAUCGCAGUUCGCGUCUACAUUCAUUCGCCGACCUUCUUGAAGUCGUUUCGCCAAACCUUGACCUGCGCGACGACAGCCGCGCGAAGUGUCGCUACUUUGGACAGUGUUCUGGUUGCCAGUAUCAGAUGCUUUCUUACGAUACUCAACUUGGAAUCAAGCGCGAUGUGGUCAUCAAAGCCUAUGAAAACUUCUCAAAUCUUCCCAAGGAAUCCAUCCCAGACGUACUUCCGACCAUAGCCUCGCCACUUCAAUACGGCUACCGCACGAAAAUAACACCGCAUUUUGAAGCCCCACCAAAAAAAGCACGCAAGGAGGCUGAAUCUGGUUCAUCCAAUUCAACAGAGAAGCCUGGUUGGCUAAAGAUCGGAUUUAAUGAAAUCGGAAAGAGGACGGUGUUGGAUAUCGAGGAGUGUCCUAUUGCAACACCCGUGUUGAAUGCAGCAUAUGGACCUAUACGGGAGGAUGUAAUCAAGAAUAUAUGGGGCUACAAAAAAGGUGUUUCAUUGCUUCUUCGCGACUCCAUUGAGCACAUGCCCUCCGAUAUCUCGUCUAUCCCCGGUCCGGAGGAAGAAAAGCACAUCUGCGUCACGAACCACAAGGAAACUGUCCGUGAACGCGUGGAUUCUACAUAUUUCGAGUUUCCGGGGCAUUCAUUCUUUCAGAACAACAAUUCCGUGCUUGUCCCGCUUACCUCCUACGUAAAAGAUGCGAUCUUCCCUUCCUCGAAAUCGUCUGGGCCCACGCAUCUUGUGGACGCGUACUGCGGUUCAGGUCUCUUCUCGUUGAUGCUCGCGCCUCAUUUCGACACCGUCGCAGGUAUCGAGCUUUCCGCCGAGUCAAUCAAGUCUGCUACCGCGAAUGCUAUUAUUAACGGCCUCCCGCAAGGGAAAUGCUCAUUUUUGGCGGGUGACGCUGCGAACAUAUUCUCGACAGUUUCGCACUUCCCCCCUGAUAAAACAGCGCUGAUAAUAGAUCCGCCACGCAAGGGCUCUGAUGAGCCAUUCAUCGAGCAGUUGGUUCGCUUUGCGUGCAGCACAGUGAUAUAUGUGAGCUGCAAUGUGCAUACACAAGCGCGCGAUGUAGGGAUGAUCAUGGAGAGGAUGGAGCGUGAAGGGGGUGGGAAGAGAUAUGUCCUGGAGAGCUUGAGGGGGUUCGAUUUAUUCCCACAGACGGCACACGUGGAAAGCGUAGCGGUGUUGAGGCUGGUUUAGCCCUGAUCGAUGUUAGUAUGUAUUACUGUGGGGUCAAAAGUCUCAGCGACACUUGACCCGACAGUAGUAGAAGCUCAUCCCUUGUGCGUCGUUAGUACGUAAGUAAGAAUUGUCAUCAGACUCGCCGUUCUAUGUGCAGUCAGGGAAAUUUCGAAGUACUUUAUUUCACAUACUUUCUUUGUGCCAGCUGACCUGACGUGACGCCAAUCACACGAACUUCA